CAGCAAGACUCUUCGUUUCCCCAACCUCCUUGGCCAUCUAAACCUGGCGAUUAGCCUUAAGAAUAGGAGACCUUUGACCUCGAACCUCAGGAUGGAAUAGAUACUAUAACCCGUUUCACAAUCAAAUCCCAUAACGAGAAGCACGAGCUAGAGGUAGAGAGAGGGAGAGGGAGAGGGAGAGCAGAGGGUGGAGGAGAGGCCCAAAGCAAUGGUUGAUCCAGAUAAGUUCCGGUACUCCUUGUGUUCUCGUGGGCGCCUGCUCCAGGUGCUCAGGAAGUACUUCUCCAUCGUUCCGUGCUCCAGUUCUCCUCGCCGCACCUUCCCGGCUCCAGCUUUCUCGUGGAAGAGGGUGGCCGAGCUGCCCGUUGCGGCCAACAAGAGGCCCAACGUGUCAUCCGACCGUAAGGUACACCCCGUUGAGGAUGAGAUUACCGGGCUGUUGGUUUCCGGCACCGACGGUGGUGUCGUUUUGAUCUCGAGUGAAUGCAAACAACCAGAUUCCGUAGUCGAACACGCCUCGUCUCUUUCCAAGGUGGGCGUGAAAGAAGAGAAGGUGCAGGAGAACAAAGAGCGUGAGGAGACGUCCGAUCCCCCUGUGAUGAGAGUUGUGGAGAGUACGCUACCGAAGACGAGAAGAAGACCGGCGAGGAUUGUGAUACCGAAGCCUUCGGCUGAUGCAGCUUUUAGUGUUGUGGGUGGGGAGCAGGAUGGGGUUCGAACGGAAUCGGAAGCCGAGGGUAGUGCUUACUGCGUGGUCAGUCGGAGAGGACAGAGGCAUAGGAUGGAAGAUGGGUAUGGGGUCAUACCCAACAUCCAUGGAGACGACAAGCAGGCCUUUUUCGGAGUGUUUGAUGGACACGGUGGACGUGCAGCUGUGGACUUCGUCUCUGAGAAGCUCGGGAAGAACAUUUUAACAGCUCUAGAAGAGCUACAGAAGGAAGAGAACCAAAUGGAGCUGGCCAUCAAAGAAGGCUUUUUGACCACGGACAGAGAAUUCCUAAGUCAGGGUGUGAGCAGUGGAGCAUGUGCAGUCACUGUGUUGCUAAAAGAUGGGGAGCUGCAUGCGGCCAAUGUGGGCGACUGCAGGGUGGUCAUUAGCAGGAAGGGAGUAGCAGAUGCUCUCACCGAUGACCACCGUGCCGGAAGAGAAGAUGAGCGCAAUCGUAUCGAAAACUCUGGGGGCUAUGUGACAUGCCGAAAUGGUAUGUGGAGAGUGCAGGACUCGCUAGCUGUGUCAAGAGCAAUUGGCGACAUGAACAUGAAGGAAUGGAUAAUUUCCGAGCCAGAGAUCAGGAAAAUCCACCUCACUACGGAUUGUGAAUCCCUAAUACUGGCCUCUGAUGGGUUGUGGGACAAAGUAUACUUUAGUACUGCUUUGCUGCAAAUGCGUCUCGUACUUAGCAGUCAAAUCUUCAGCAGUUCAUCUCUAACUCAUUUUCAUUUUCUUAGGUGACAAACCAGGAGGCGGUCGAUGUUGUCUCUAAGCACAGUUCCUCCAUGAAAUCCUGCAAAGAGCUCAUAGAAAUCUCCAGCAAUAAGGGCAACAGGGAUGACAUUACAGUCAUGGUGAUCGACCUCCAGAAAUUUAUGCACUCACGUGGCUAGCAAAACCUUUUGUACGUGGAGGAUCACUCUUUCAUGGAUUAAACUUGAAGGCGACAGAUGACAUGGAGAAGAUGAUCUGGAGACACUCCAAGGAACGCAUUGCAGAUGCUAUGCUCACCGGAGAUAUCAAGAAAGAUCAGACUUGAGACGCAAAAAAGAUCAUAUAUUGAGGAGCAGAAUUAGGAGACACACGCAGAAGAUAUGGAGAAAGCCAGUGCUUGUGUGGAUAUACAUCUUCUAAGGGGUUGUUCUUCAGAUUUUGUCUACAUAUAUUUUCUAGACCGUGAAGUCCUUCCUCUAGCAAACAGAUCGAUGAAGCGCUAUGUAGGAUUUGCCUCAAGAACAACCAAGAAUUAUAACUCAUCUCUUAUUCUAUAAAUCUUACCGCGAGCAAUGUAAUAUGGGGCUGUUCCAGGCCGGGCGAAGCUAA